AUGGGGUUUCAAAACAAGAAAUUCCGGUCGGCAGGCGACAUGAACAAGGCGGGGAUGCGAUACCGCGCCCUGAUGAACAAGCACCCGUUCAUCACGUUCGGUCUCCCCUUUCUCGGCAUCAUCAUCGCCGGGUCGUUUGUGCUGACUCCGGCCACGGCGAUCCGGUACGAGAAGCAUGACCGGAAGGUGCGGCAGAUGACGAGGGAGGAGGAGCUUGGUGUGCGGAGGGGGGCGGGUGCACGGAAGGUUGAUAUGAGGGAUGAGUAUUACCGCCUGGCUGGUCGAGAUAUAGAGAAUUGGGAGCAGAAGAGGGUCGAACGACUACCUGGUGAGAGUGAUGGUAUUCUGCGGUAG